CAAAUCGAGCCGCUUGUAUUCUUCUCGUCUCUCCAUGGUAACACUUUCCUCAACACUGGACCUUUGACUCAAAGAAACUACACAAACUGGUGCUUUUUUCAUGCAGCUGUUAUUCAGCAUGAAUUUGGCAGAUAUAUGUGACAACGCCAAGAAGGGCCGUGAGUAUGCUUUGCUGGGGAACUACGACUCCUCCAUUGUGUACUACCAGGGCGUCAUUCAACAGAUCCACAAACACUGUCAGUCUCUCAGAGACCCUGCACUCAAAGCCAAAUGGAUACAGGUCAGGCAGGAACUGCAUGAGGAGUACGAGCAGGUAAAAGACAUCAUGGGGACACUUGAAGGCUUUAGGUCAGAGAAGCCAGCUGACGUCCUCGCCCCUCAAUCCGGAGAGAGACCUGAGGAUCCAGCAGUGUGGCCCCCUCCCACCCCUGCAGAACACAGGAAUCCCGUUGCAGUGAAGCGUCCCAAUAGUGCAGCGAAGCAGCAUAGAAAGGAGUCCCCUGGCCUGCAGCAUCGAGGGGCCGGGCCUGGGGGCCGCAACCCUAAAGCAGACCGCCCAGGAGCCAGAGAACCCCGGGGCGCAAAGGCAAAAGACGAUAAGGGGAAGAGAGGGGCUGGAGAAGCACCAGGAGAUGUAGAGCAGAAGAGGUUUGAUGGCACGGGAUAUGACAGCGACCUGGUGGACUCACUGGAGAGAGACAUUGUGUCCCGUAACCCAAACGUACACUGGGAAGACAUCGCUGAUCUGGAAGAUGCUAAGAAGCUGCUGAGAGAGGCGGUGGUGCUGCCCAUGUGGAUGCCUGACUUCUUUAAGGGAAUACGUCGCCCCUGGAAGGGUGUGUUAAUGGUCGGGCCUCCCGGGACAGGGAAGACGAUGUUAGCCAAAGCUGUGGCCACAGAAUGUGGGACUACUUUCUUCAAUGUGUCCUCCUCCACACUCACCUCAAAAUACAGGGGCGAGUCAGAAAAACUUGUGCGUCUUCUGUUUGAAAUGGCCCGGUUUUAUGCACCAACAACCAUCUUUAUAGAUGAGAUUGACUCAAUCUGUGGCCGAAGAGGAACCUCUGAUGAACAUGAAGCCAGCCGCAGGGUCAAAUCAGAAGUCCUGGUUCAGAUGGAUGGCGUGGGUGGAGCUAUGGAUAACGAUGACCCCUCGAAAAUGGUGAUGGUCCUCGCCGCCACCAACUUCCCCUGGGACAUCGACGAGGCGUUGCGACGGCGGCUGGAGAAGCGGAUCUACAUCUCUCUGCCCACAGCUGUGGGUCGUGUUGAGCUUCUAAAGAUCAACCUGAGGGAGGUGGAUGUGACUGAUGACGUGGAUCUGGACCUCAUUGCUGAAAAGAUUGAGGGCUACUCUGGAGCGGACAUCACCAACGUCUGCAGGGAUGCGUCCAUGAUGGCAAUGCGUCGUCGAAUCCAAGGCCUGACCCCCGAGGAGAUCCGAGCUCUGUCCAAAGACGAGCUGCAGAUGCCCGUGACCAUGGAGGACUUCACCCUCACUCUCAAGAAGAUCUCAAAGUCUGUCUCUGCUGCCGACCUGGAGAAAUACGUUACCUGGAUGUCUGAGUUUGGGUCAGUAUAGAGAACGGUGGCGCGUAGACACAGAUCAACCAGAGCCUCGAAAAGGAGGACUUUGAAAAUGAAGAAAGCAUUGAAGACGAGGCACUACUGUAUGGGAACCGGGAGGCCCAUGAGGGAUGAAGAUUAUAUAGAGGGCUCAGACUGCAGAAGACUGGUGCCUUUGAGAGAACAUGAUGAGAGCUUUCGGUGGCUUCAUUCCUGCCUUUCCACAUACUCUCCCCUCAUUGUAGUAAUGACAGAACUGUCUGUACAGAGACUAUCAAUCGCCCAGCUGCUGACUAACUGAAGUGACCUGAGCAAGAAAGGGGAAUCUUUUAAUGUCAAUAAGUAGCUUAAUUCACACAGGUAGACCAGGGAACGGUACUUACAUGUUGGGCCUUGUGCAAGAACCUAAAUCUAAUUCUCUCUAAAUCAACCGACAAACUUUGCUCGUAAAUUGCAUGUUUCAACCUGACGACUGAAAACUUUUUACACUUAUGUGAGGCGUGUGUCAUUUCAAUAAUCAACAUAGUUUAAAUGUCUGAAUGAGUUCUGACCUGUUCUGCUCGAUUUGAUCGGCAAUAUUUAUUAAAAAAACACAACCUACCAAACACAAGUUGUAGUAGUGAUAUCAUCCUGUAAUAAUUAGACAAUCUUACAACAAAUUAAACAACAGAGGGUGUUUGCUGGGAAAGCAACCUAAACAAAAUUGAAAAAUGGUUAGGUUGCCAUGCCAAAAAAUGCCCAUAAAACCUUCAAAAGCCAUUGACAGGCCAUGAUGUAGUUGAUUAUCAUUUAGAUUUUACCAUUAUAAUUCGGACUUUCUGGCAAAUGCAACAAGUUUUCUUGAAUCACAUUUUAGUUGCCACAUCUGGUAGUACCUGCAAUUCUUGUACGAGGCCUUUCUUUUUUUUUUAGGAACAGUAGCACUUUUAAUGUACUUCCUUCAGGGGUCCAUGUUCUUACUACUGACUGAACACACUUGAAGAACCACAAAGUCUUUGUUGUAAAGUGUCUGUGUAUGUGUUUGUGUUUUGUUUUAAUUUUUAAUAAAUAAAAUAAACUUGCCUUGCCUUAAUAUUUGUUUAAAAUUGUAGUUCUGUUGAUCGACAAAUGCAGUCAAGCUUAAAGAAGAUGGCUGCUUGACUCCUGGAUUGUUUUUUAAAUCUCGCCUAAAAACACA